AUGAGGCCGCUGCUCGCGCUCCUGCUCCUGGCCGCCCUGUGCGCGGACCUGGCCCUGGCCCUGCACUGCCACGUGUGCUGUGGCCACGAGAACUGCGAGUCGCUGGUGGAGUGCGCCCAGACCGACAAGUACUGUGUUAUCACCAGGGCCACCAACCCGGGCGGCAUCCUGGUGAUGAAGUCCUGCGCCCCGGCCUGCCCCAACAGCACCGUGUCCCCCGACGGCCGGGCCCUCUCCGUGUCCUGCUGCCAGGGCAGCGAGUGUAACCGCAGCGCGGCCGCGGGCCUGGCGGGUGGCCCGGGGCUCCUGUGGGCCAGCGCCUCGGCCAGCCUGCUGUGGGCGCUGCUGCGGGCGGCCUGGUGA